CUGUGCAGGAGAUGCGUGCAUGUGUGGGGACUGCUUUGGAGCCCCUGGAGGUGCGGGGUGCCUGCCCAUGAGUCCCUCUCAGGCAUGGAAGGAGGGCUCGCGCCAGAAGACAGGGCUUUCCGUGGGCCAGGUGGAAGGGGCAGCCCUUUGAGCGCUGGCCCACAGCGAGUGGGUGUGGGUGUGACUGGUUUCAGAGUGCAUAAAGGGAGGCAGUAGAUGAACUGUCAUUCAGGGCUCAGGGUUGAGUCCCAGCCGGGGUUCCUCAGGAACUUGGGGGCAGCCCCUAAACUGUUCACCUUCUCUCUGCAGGUGUUUCCCCUUAAACACUACCAGGACAGAAUCAGGCCUUACAUCCAGCUGCCAUCGCACAGAAACAUCACUGGCAUCGUGGAGGUGAUCCUCGGGGAAACCAAGGCCUACGUCUUUUUCGAGAAGGACUUUGGGGACAUGCACUCCUAUGUGCGAAGCCGGAAGAGGCUGCGGGAAGAGGAGGCUGCCCGGCUGUUCCAGCAGAUUGUCUCUGCCGUUGCCCACUGCCACCAGUCGGCCAUUGUGCUGGGGGACCUGAAGCUUAGGAAAUUUGUUUUCUCCACGGAGGAGAGAGCCCAGCUCAGACUGGAAAGCCUGGAGGACACGCACAUAAUCAAGGGCGAAGACGACGCUCUGUCGGACAAACACGGCUGCCCCGCCUAUGUGAGCCCUGAGAUCCUCAACACCACAGGGACCUACUCAGGGAAGGCUGCGGAUGUGUGGAGCCUGGGUGUGAUGCUCUACACCCUCUUGGUUGGACGGUACCCCUUCCAUGACUCAGACCCCAGUGCCCUCUUCUCCAAAAUCCGACGCGGACAGUUCUGCAUUCCUGACCACAUUUCCCCCAAAGCUCGGUGCCUCAUCCGCAGCCUCCUGAGACGAGAGCCUUCUGAGAGACUCACUGCACCCGAAAUCUUGCUCCACCCCUGGUUUGAGUCCGCUGUGGAGCCUGGGUACGCCGACUCUGAAAUGGGAACUGCAGACCAGAUCGUUCCAGAAUACCGGGAGGACAGUGACAUCAGUUCCUUCUUUUGCUAAUCCCAGAAACCUCAGAAACCUCAGAAUUCUCACACAUGGCGUUUCCAUUUCUGGAGGCGGAUAGGCCCUCGGGCACGGUUCCAUGCAGGUGGGUGACUGCACUUCGAUGUGGCGCCCCCUUCUUGGUUGGGAUGAGCGACUUGGUCCCAGCAGCUUGUGUCUGUCCAUUCGGCUGUGCGACGGCUGCAUCCCCUUCUCCACAUCUGUCACCGGCUCUCCUUGUGUUGGAUUUGGGGCUCCUGCAGAUCCUGAAGAGGGCAGAAAAUGUGAGCGGCCCACAUGUAUUCAGGUGCCACGGACUUGAACAUGGAGUGGGAAGGGAGGCAAAGUGGAUAGUGGCAUUUUGGGCAGUGACUGUUUCACCAGGAUGACAGAUAAUGGGCCAAUAAACUUGCCAUCAGUGGCCUUGUCUUUGGUCACUGGACUUGGACUGUGGUUUCUCUGACCACAAGUUCUUUCCUGGGAACCUGCCCUGCAGCUGCAAAGGCCUCCCCGGCCCAUCCUGAGAAAUACCGCCAACUGUUGCACCUGGACUGCAGUCCUUUAAAACUAAUUUUUUUUCACUUGAAGCCAUUAGCUCCCAGGGCUCUCUUGAAAUUCCCUAGCACUUAGUCCUUGGCUUUCUCUCCCAAGACCGACUUAGGUGGGGUGUACUGUCCCGGGGCAAUGGAUAAGGAGACUUUUCAUGCUACUCACUCAGGGGCAAACAUUAAACAUCUUCGUGCUUCAAGAAAGCAUAUUAUGGAGUGAGGAGCCCCUCAGACAGAUUCCACAGCGUGCCAUGGCCCCGAGGCCCAGUGGGCAGCACGUGUGCAGCCGUAGUUCAAUGAUGAGUGCUGUGAAGACAUCUGUGCAGCCGGCUUCUGGGGACACAGUGAGCCCCAGAUACCCUCAGUUGCUUAGGACUUGAAAAGUCAUCCGACCUGCUUCUCACGUCUGGCUGCCACCCCUGCCGCCGAGGCCCCCAGCCUCCUUUGUGGUGGCCUCUGGCCUCUGCUCCCACACUUGCAGACGAAAGUUCAGUCCCUUCAAGGAUGGAGCUUCACCAAGAAACUGCAGCUCGCAUUAAAAACCAGCGGACAGUGCUGGAAUCGGGUAGUUAAACGGGUAAACCAAACAUACUGUAUUUUGAGAAAUGGCACAAAGCCAGGCAGGCGUCUUCAAGGGCUACGCCUAGGCAAACUACUAACAUGCAUUGUGAGAAUGCCGUGUAUACCUCACUACUGUGUACUUUGUACAUAUCUUUUACCUUUUCUACAGACGUCUGAUUUGUCGUGUCGGCUCCCAGGCUUGUCCCCUGUCUGUGUGCGUGAGUAGCCUGCGUGUGUAAAGCCACGUGAAAUGUGAAUGGCUGUGGGCAAUAUUACCUUGACAGAAUCAUGGGACUUAGAGCGGGGGGGGACAGGCCUCUGUCGCACUCUUGCUCUCGUGGUUGUUUGACUCUUGUAUCUGUGAUACGUUAUCCGGCUGGAGACUCCGGGCCGGCAGGACUUAGAAACACUAGAUCUGUGUGUGUGUGGCUGUGUGAGCAGUGAGACGGCUGCCGCUGACCUGUGGAGACGUUUUAAUAAAUCUGAUUU